AUGGGGGGGCAACGAAACCCUGCGCGUGCUGCGCAAGUGCGGGUGUUGUCCUCCCUGGCCCGCCAACAUGGCCUCGAAACCCUCAACGAUGCAGCCGCCCGAGCAAAAGUAGAAAAGUUGAGCGGUGAUUUAUUGAAUCUUCAGCUAAGUGAUGAAGAACGACAGCAAGUGGUCGAAGCUACGACGGCUUUCCAAGCUACAUACCCAGAUGUUCAGCCACAAGUCGUUCAAAACCCGGUCGACAACAAAGUGUGGAAGUUCUCUGCAGUACAGUUGACGUACAACUGCAGUCAAGGCGAGUGGACCUCGCAUGAAGAAGACGUCUUGCGGAGAUUGUUCAACCGCUUCGUUGGUUUUUUGAUCGGACUCUCAGAAGCUCUUCAUGCUCUUGGCACGUCGGCUACCAUGGAACGUGCAUCACCAAGACAGGUACACAUGCAUGCCUACCUCCAUUUGGGCAAGAGUUUCCACCGUCGUGGGCGUGAGGCCCUUGACGUUUUCAGCUUUGAGGGCGUCAAGCCGCACCUCACCCCCAACACGGCAUCUGGCAAGUCCUACAUGGGAGCCGUGCGGUAUGGCCACUUUUACGUUGUGGUCAACAAGAUCGGAACCAUAUUCAACUACACGGACUUUGGGCCUUUCAAAGCGUACGGGGUGGAGGGUUGGUGGCUGGACAACCUCUUGAAGUCCGGCAAGCUAACCCGUGAAACCUACUUGCACCUAGCUGCCCGUGUUACAGUUGGGUUCCAGAAACGUCUGGCGGAUUGCAGAGCAGCGGAACGCUACUUGCAAGAAGAGUCUUUACGCGCUGAGGUUUCGGCGCAACAGCAUGCGCUUGAACCGGCCAUGCUGCCCAUGAAGGUGUACCCCCAAGUGGAAGAUUUUAUCCAACUUCAUGAUGGCCAGGCCAAUUUUCGGCGGCCCAUCUUGGCCAUCGUGGGGGGCACCCGAUUGGGAAAGUCUGUUCUUGCAGGGGAUGUCUUACGCCGGAUUGGUGAACGGCUGAACCUGCCUGAUUUCUUAGAAAUCACAGUGGAAGACUCGGAACAGAUGGAUUUGGCGGAAUUUGACCGCCGAAUCCACUCUGGAGUCAUCCUUGAUGGAGUCGGUGAUGCCGUUUUCCUGAAGCGACACCGGGAGACCUUACAAGGUCGGCCGAAAGUGGUCAAAGGUGCCAAGUCUGCCACCAAUGUGUACGCGUAUUCGUUUUCGUUCUGCGCGCGAGCUGUGGUGGCAACUUUUGACCUUAGUGCACGCAACUUGACCCUUUUAGAGACAGACCAUUGGCUGUCCAAUAGAGAGAAUGUGAUUCUUCUCGAGUUGAAUGAGCCUGUCUAUUCGACAGCGCAGAUCGGUGCAGGCCCCUUCCCUGUUGACGAAGGCGACGCCACCCCUGCCGCCUCGCGACCCCCGAAACGCCGAUGGCUGGGGAGUCCUGCAAGGAAUGUGCUGACUGUAAAGUCAAGGGCGCGGUCCUAUGGCUAUGACUGCGCUGCUGGUGCAGGCCCCAAUGAAGGAGAAGACGAGACAACGACCAACUGCAAAUCGCUUGGCAGGUUCGACGAGGACGGCCCCCCUCGACUGACGCGUGCCUCCCUACAGGAG